GCGAGCUCGAGCGCGAGCGGUGCCGGCGCCAUGUCGGAGAUGAGCGCGCUGUGCGAGCUGUACGAGGAGUGCGCCGAGCUGCAGAUGGACGUGAUGCCCGGCGAGGGCGACCUGCCGCCCAUGGAGGUCUCGGGCGGCGGGCCCCGCGACGCGGCCCCGGGCGCCGGGCGCCUGGAGGAGGAGGGCCCGAUGGAGGAGGAGGCGGCGGCGGCGGCGCAGCCCGCGGGGGGCCGCGGCCCGGCCGGCCGGCCCCGCGCCCCCACCCCCGCCGCCGCCGCCGCCGCGCGCCCCGGCCUCCCGGGCCUGGAGAGCGAGGACGAGGCCGAGGACCUGGACGACUGGGAGGACGACUACGAGUGCCCCGAGGAGGAGCCGCUGGGCGGCGCGGGCUGCCGCGUGUCCGCCGCGCUGGAGGAGGCCAACAAGAUGUUCCUGCGGACGUCCCGCGCCCGCGAGGCCGCCCUGGACGGGGGCUUCCCGCUGCACUACGAGAAGACCCCCUUCGACCAGCUCGCCUUCAUCGAGGAGCUCUUCUCGCUCAUGGUCGUCAACCGCCUGACCGAGGAGCUCGGCUGCGACGAGGUCAUCGACCGGGAGUGAGCGGCGCGGCGACGCG